UGGAUCCCUUCGGCACUCGGCUCCUUGCCAUUCACUGGCGAUGCAUUGACUGUCUACCUGACACAUCAAAUGGAGGUUGUCUCCGUCCUCCCGAUGCAUCGUCUUGACCAAGUACGCGUCUAUCAGAGCAGUGCUAAGACUAGCAAAUUACCCUCUUCCUUGGCAGCAACUUCGGUUGGCGGCAUUGCAGCUUUCGGAUCUAAAGCUGGCCCUUCGUCAUCUGCCCAAGAACAUCCCUCUACAGCCGCUACUUCUACUCAUAGAUCCUCAGCCCACUCCAGGGGAGCAUCAACUUUGGAUCUCAGCCUUGAAAGCACCAAUCCUCCUACUGACCAGUCUCCAACUGUUGCUUGCAUUGUUUUUCUUGCUGACGACGGACACAAGCAGUACGAAUUACUCGUCGAUUCUGCUCCCUUGGCGCGACUCAUUGCCUGUGAUAUUUGUGACGCUCACUUUCGAUUCACACAGGCAGCUCUCGGCCUCGCAGUGCCACAAUUUGCCCUUUUUAUCUGGUCCUCUGGCUUCCCAUCUUCUUCCUUUCUGUCAUGCAAAUUGGGCACUGAGGAACGGGAUUCGAAAGAUCUCCGCAGGCAAAGACGUCGGCAUCGGAGACAGCAUUGGCGUCAGCGUCGACUAACUGGAUUCGUUGCUCCUCUUUUAGAGCCUGGACCUCCGGACGAACCUCCUGCUUGA